UUCCAACCACCCAAGACAUAUAUUGGGAGUUCCCUUCGAAAAACACAAACGGGCAUAGAUACCCAAACAUUUAUCCGUGCUAAAGAAUACGAACGAGGUGGUUAUAAGUGGACAGAAUUGGAGAAGAAGUUAACGAGAUUGUCUGUGGGUCAGCCCCUAAAAAAGAAACAGAUCUUUGGUAGCACGAAAGCUACAUUUUAGCUACCGGGAAUUAGAAUAACCGUGUAAGAUGCUCAGGGUGCCAGAUCCUCGAACUCCUUUAUGAAUAUACUAUUCAGCUGACAAUUUCAGUUCUCUUUUAAAUCCUGAAAAAUUUAGUAUGUCAUUUCAAAAAAUUACCCGAAAACUCAUUUUCGGACAUAAUGGGCAGCACUAGUAAGCAGAAGCUUGCUAAGAAGAAUUCACAGCCACCCACAAGAAAAGUUUCUGAAAAUCUUGCGACCAACAUCUACCAGGGUUUGAACCCUCAACCUGAUGCCAGCUGCAGCUACAGUGACACAGACGGAAAGCAACAAGAGGAUGGAGCUUCAGACAAUGAGUUGGAAAUCCCCGAAAUAUGCAUUGACGGUGCCAGUGAAGAUGAGCUUUUACAGAAUGCAAAUGCCUUGACUACUGAGCAAGUGGUGAAGAGAAGGGCGAGGAGGAUGAAGCAGCUGGCUAGAUUGUACAGGAGGCAUUAUUGGGCUCUCAUGGAGGACCUCAAGUCUAAAUACAGGGAGUUUUAUAUGAAGAAUGGAAGAAGUGUGUUGAAGGUGGAAGUUGAAGAGGAGGACGAGGAAGAGAGAGAUUUUGUUGAUAGGAGUGGUGAAGCAACUGGGUCUAUUCGUAUGAGGAAGGAAAAUGGUGUAGCGAUUGUGAAGUGCUGUUUUCAGGGAUGCAAGUCCAAGCCAAUGGCUCUAUGUUCGUUUUGUCAUAAUCAUAUCCUUUCGGAUGCUCGGCAGCAGCUGUACAAGCCCUGUUCAUAUGUCAUCAAGAGCAGACAGAAUAAACCAGUUACAUGUGGAAAACCAGUGCUGAAAGCAGCUGUACCUUCUCUGUGCACAGUUCACUUCCAGAAGGCCCAGAAACAUGUUGCUUAUUCUUUACAAAGGGCAGGGCUUAAUACUUCUUCCAAAUCUGCCCCAAAAUUUCAUCAUAUUAUUUCAGAAUAUGUAAAUUAUAUUCAGAGUAAAAGAAAGGACGCUUGGAUUGCAGGACCUGUUCACAAUGCAGAUACGAAGGAUUCAACAAUUUGAAUGCAAUAAAAGAUCCUGGCAAGCAUUAGAGCUCGUGUUUUUGUCUCCUUUUUACUUGAAAGAUUGAGCAGUUUGAUUCCAAAAUUUUUAGCUUGAGUGCAAAUAAUCAAUCUAGGAGUUGUACAGAGUAACUAACAUAUGAUGGAGCUUUGGAAGCUAUCAUUUUGGACAUCCAUGUAAGCAUUUCAGAAAAACAGAUCAUGUUUACAAGAUGUUAAUUACACUUCUUUGAAGAAUAUGAACAUUGGAGAUUUCAGCUUCCCAAAUGCUCUGAUGUAAUUCCAGAGGAUUCAACUUAUCAGUUACCCUAAUAAGGAUUGUAUUCUAUGCAGUAUGUCUGCAAAUUAUCUUUUGAAGUAGGUUCUUUACCAAAUACCGUAUUUUUGUAAUGUAUCAUUUAUCUUGUUGAUUGUUUAUUUGGUGUUUGUGAA